CACGCGCUUGAGCGUCGCAGUCCGGAGCAGUGAGAGUAGACGCGCACGCGGUUUUCCGUGGGAAUCUGCUCUGUGCUGUGUGGAAUUGCCGCUGAGGCUGCUCGAGUUUUAUCGUAGUGUACCGAAGUGUGGUCAAUUGGGGCCGGUCUCUCGUGGGUCGGGGUCCGCUUCGUGAGCAGAGGACGGAUUGAUCGGCAGUUUGUUCGGAAUUGCGAGGGAGGAAAGUCGGGAGGGAGGUUGUGGACGGAGCGUGGACUUGGAAGGAAGAGUUGCGGCGAGGAUUUUUUAUGGACGUGGGGAAGAGGGUUUAAGAGAGUGCAGCAGUGGUUCUUGCUGUGAUUUCGGGAUCCGUUUGUCUCACCAGAGUUGCGGUACUCUUCUGUUUCUGGUGGAGCAAUGUUGCCGCUUCUGGCUGUCGUGUCGGUCUUAGAGUCGUGUCUGGCUCUGUUGUUGGUGAGUAGAAUUAAGCCUCUGGUGAAAACGGCGUGCUUGAUCGUCGACAUUUCGAAGACCACCAAGGGAUCGGCCGUUUCGAAGACCCUCUUUGCAACUCUCUGCGUGCUUCUCGCCUAAUGUCUCCACUUUUGUCAAGGCGCGGCAGCAUAUGUUGGAGCACCAUGGAUCAGAAGUGCACGGGUCUCCGGCAGAAUUCUUCCUGAUGCGCACUGCCGAGCUCGAGUCGGCUUUGAGUGGAUUUAUUUUACUUCUGGCUAUCAUGAUCAAUCGCGUCCACUUCUUCUUGAGGGAGGCAUCAGGGCUGAAACUUAGCUUGGACGUCCUGAAGAAGCAAUCGAAAAAUGCCGAAGCGGAGUAUAAGCGGCUUCAAGAAGAGCAGAACGUCGAUAGUCAAACACAGGCAGAACUGAAAGGACUGAGGGCUGUCGUAGAGGAUAUGAGGGAGAAAGUGGAGAAGAUGCAGCUUGAUGUACAGUUCAAAGACAAGGAAGUAAAGGCAGCGGAAGCAAGUGUAAUAGCCAUCCGAAAGCAAACUGAAGGCAUCCGACAGGAGUAUGAGCGUUUAGUCGAUGAACACAACAACCUACGUGACCAGUUGGCUGCUCUAGAUAGAAGUCAAUCUAUAUCUGAGGUGAAGAAAAAUAUGUAAGAAUGUCCAUACUCUAGACACUACUGUUUUUGAGAUAAUCCGAGCAACCAAGGAUACAGCUUCAACUAGGCGCCUCUAAAUCUCACAGAUCCCAUGAUAGUGGAUCAGUGGUUGUUCACUUACGGAACACAGCGUUUUGGACUGCAUGCGUUAUGGAGCAGCUCUCUAUGUAAGGAACCUCUGUAUGCGUUGGUGUAAAGAGAACCAAAUCGACC